CGUUUCCCUUCACGAUGGCCAACAGCAGCGGCGGCGGGUACACCAUUCCCACGGGGACCCUGAGCAUCCUUCCCAUCGCGGCGAACGCCCAGCUGCCGACCAUCACGACAACGGCCAGUGGCUACGAGCCCAAUGACGUCAUCACCACGAUCCCCGUCUCGCUCUCCAUUCAGCGCUUCCCCUCGUCCCUGUCCAUCGUGGACCUGGCCCAGGAGCAGGACGGCUACAGCAACAGUGGCUCCAGCAACGGCAUGACCGUGGGGCCAGGUGCGGGCGGCGGCAUCACCACCACGGCCCUCCUGUCCGUGAAGCCCCUGAACGGCAGCGGCAACGGCAACAUUUCGCCGAACAACAGCUUCAGUCUGAGCUUCAACCUGCAGGACCCCACAGUGCGCUCCUCGGUGCGUUCGGCAGGAGCCCCCACAGUGGAUACAGUGGACAACUCUUCAUCCGGUGGCACGAUCGCCCUGCCCCAGAGCGGCGCCACGGCAACGGCAACGGCCACGAGUGCUACCUCAACCCUCGCCAAACACAGUCCCGAGGCCAAGACAGGAGAGGUCUAUGUCUGAGCGGAGG